GAGCGAAUUUGGUCUCGAUAGAUAAGAGUACUUCGAUCCAUAAAUUUUUGUUAAAUAAAAAAAACAAAGACAAAAUUUUUGAGUCAAUUUUAAGGGCAAUCCGUGCAGAAACUUGUUUUGCGUACCACAAGAAAGCCCAAAACGGAGCUCACACUCGACAGAUCCAGUAGUAAGCAGGUACCUCCAUCGUCAUCAAACUAAUCAACAACUCCCAAACAUGGAAACGGAUCUGUAAACUCCCCCUUUAACUAAACUUAAAUCUACAGUUAAUUACCGCUAUGCACACUGGAGUCUCCGUCUCUGAAUUCUGCUUUUAAUUUAUCAAUUCGAAUUCCUCCUAGUACAAACCCUAACAAUUCGCCGUUGAUCGAAUCCCCGAUCCCUAACUCGUCUGUUUCACUGAUACUUUAGCCAAUGCAAUGGUGGUCUGUAAAUGUCGCAAGGCAACUAAAUUAUACUGUUUUGUGCACAAAGUCCCUGUUUGUGGAGAAUGCAUAUGCUUUCCGGAGCAUCAAAUAUGCGUGAUCCGCACCUAUUCAGAGUGGGUCAUAGAUGGAGAGUAUGAUUGGCCUCCAAAAUGCUGCCAUUGUCAGUCUGUGCUUGAAGAGGGAACUGAUGCUGGCACAACUCGGUUGGGUUGCUUGCAUGCAAUACAUACAAAUUGCUUGGUUUCACACAUAAAAUCUUUUCCACCACACACUGCUCCAGCUGGCUAUGUGUGUCCUGCAUGUUCAACUUCGAUAUGGCCUCCUAAAAGUGUUAAAGAUUCAGGAUCACGCCUUCAUACAAAGUUGAAAGAAGCUAUUAUGCUGACUGGCAUGGAGAAGAAUUUGUUUGGAAACCAUCCUGUUACUCUGCCAGGAACAGAACCUCGAGGUCCUCCACCUGCUUUUGCUUCUGAUCCGUUGAAGCAUGUUUCAGCUGGUGGAAAAGAUUCUCAAGGAUUUGCUGCAAUUGCGACAGGUUCUUCCAGGCCCGCAAGCAUGGAUAUUGUGGAGAUAGAUGGCUCCACCUCAGCACCUUCAUCUAUGUCUAAUCACGAUACCAAUUUCAUGAAAAACACAAGUCCUUCUGGUUUGCCUGGAGCCACCACACGAAAGAACACUCAAGUAGAUAAGCAAAACUCUGAGGUUUCAUACUUUGCUGAUGAUGAGGAUGGAAAGCGGAAAAAGUACACGAAGAGGGGUUCAUUUCGCCAUAAGUUUCUGAGAUCAUUGCUCCCUUUUUGGUCGAGUUCCUUACCAACUCUACCGGUAACUGCACCACCACGAAAAGAUGCAUCAAAUGCUGAUGAAGUCGCUGAAGGUCGUCAGCGCCAUCAUAAGUCUUCAAGGAUGGAUCCAAGAAAACUACUACUCAUUAUAGCUAUCAUGGCUUGCAUGGCAACCAUGGGUAUUCUGUACUAUAGAAUUGCUCAGAGUGGUCUAGAUGAGGAGCUGGCUGAUAAUGAAUAGUACUAAGUUUGUGGCCAUAAAGUUUUGGUGGCCUGGGUUAUGGCUAUACAUCACUUAUCAACAGGGGACGGACAGAGUAGCUUAUCUUCUGCUGCUUGAACGUGCUCAGUUUUUGUUGUCGUCAUGUCACUGUUUUGGGUGCAACUCAAAAUUCUUCGUAACCUGUGAUUUAUAGAGAACUUGUCUUAUGACAGCGAGUAAUGCUUCCCCAGCUCCCCUGUACCUCAUUGAUAACCCUUUCUCCCCCCGCCCCCUUUUUUUCUUGUUUGUUUUUUUAGUUACUUCUGUUUGGAAUUUUAAUGGAGUAACAUGCUGAAAUGAAAUAAUAUCGCCUCAUUGUUUUUGUAAUCGAUUAGAUGAUAAAAUCAUGUGAUCAGUAUGAAGAAUUUGAUUUAACAA